AUGGAAGUCCCACAAGUAGAUCUAGUUACUCAGAUUGAAGAAUGUCCAUCGAUUGAUCUUAUCAAUAAUAACUCAGAAGAUAGAUAUGAUGUACGGAAAUUUUCGUUAAUUGGUAGAUUGGAUUUUUUGAGAAUUAAAUUUGAAGAUGUUGUUAUGAGUUUGAAGAAUCAAUGGAAACUAACUGGUCAAUAUAAAAUGAUUCCUCUUGGAAAUGGGUUUUUCACAAUCAAAUUGGAGAAUAUGGCAGAUAGAAAUACAAUCAAAGCAGGUAAAUGGGAAGUACGGGAUCAAGUUUUAAGAGUCAGGAAUUCGAUGCCUAAUUUUAGACCAGAGAAUCAGAUAACAUCCUUAGCUAUGGUAUGGGUUCAUUAUCCUGGUCUCAGAUUGGAAUAUUGGGAUGAAAAAACCCUUUUCACCAUUAGAAGUGCAAUUGGAACUCCAUUUAAAAUUGAUGAGGUGACUCUGAAUUAUGAAAUUGGUCUUUAUGCAAGAGUACUGGUGGAAAUUGAUUUAGCAAAAAAGGUCCCUCAUAACUUUGGAUUAAGAACAAAUAUGCAGCCAGAUUGCAGAGUAAAGAAUAAUUCAAAUCAUGAAGAAGGAGAAAAGCAGAAAGAAGGUAGUGUGCCAACAAUGAAUGUGACACCCACCAAAAUUAUGAAGAAAUUUGAUAUUUGUGAAACCCCAGUGACUCAAAUAAACAUUACUGAAAAACCAGUUCAUAGCACAACAGGUAGCAUUCCAAGUGGCUCAGGAAAAUUUGGAUCUCUACAGGAUAUAACUGAAGAAGAGCACAAUAUUGUCAUGGACAUGAUAAGUCCAGCUAAAGUUUUACAAAUAGUGGAAGACAAUUCUCUUGAUACAAGUGUAGUCAAGUAUGUCAAUGGAAAGAAUGGGUCAGUAUCUGAAGAAAGAAUCCCUACCACCUCUUGGUCCAAAGUAAUUCAAAAACCAAGUACACCUGCACAAAAUGGAGCUCAAAUGAAGAAUGCAUGGCCUAAGUUCUGCAAUAAGUUGAAUCUACCUGGUAUGCAAAGUAUCUUGAUUCAUAAUUCAGUCACAAAUAAAAAAGGGAACAUUUGGUUAUUUUGGAAUAAGACAUUACCAACACCAAAAGUUGUGUCUAUGUCAAGUCAAAUGAUAACUGUGGGUAUUGGAGAUUCCUUAAUAUCAGGAGUUCAUGUUCAUGUGGGGGCGGUUCAGAGAAGAUUCUUAUGGUCUGAGAUGGAAAUGAUUAGUGAGUUGAAGAACCCAUGGUUAAUUCUUGGAGAUUUUAAUGCUAUUACUUGUGCAGAAGAGAAAAUUGGUGGAAAAACUCCUAAUAAAAGGUCUAUGUUAGAUUUCAACAACUGCAUUGAUGAUUGUGGAUUACUUCAAGCUCCAAGCUCAAGAAUACAACAUUCAUGCUCAAAUGGUCAGCAUGGCAUUAAAAGAAUACUUUGCAUCUUGGACAGAGCAAUGUUCAACCAAUUAUGGUUUAAAGAUUGGGGUUUCAAGAUUGGUUUAAGAAUUGCUUCAGAUCAUGCUCCUAUACUUGGAGGUUGUGCAAAUAUUCCAAAACCAAGAAACUUUACCUACAAAUUUCAGAAAAUGUGGAUAUCUCACCCUAAUUUCAUGGAGAUAGUUCAAAAAAGUUGGUCAGAGCCCAUUAUUGGAGAUCCUGCCUUUGUGUUUCAAACAAAAUUGAAGAGGUUGAAGAAUAUUCUUAAAAAAUGGAAUUGGGAGGUUUUUGGGAAUGUAAGUGUUCAAAUUAAAGAAGUCGAGGUAAAAGUUCAAGAAGCAAUGGAAAAAUCUGAUACCCAUCCUUUCCAAGAAGAGCUUUUGAAUGAGUUGGUGAUGGCACAAAAUGAGUUUAACUCUAAGGAAGUCCAACUUAAUGCAAUGAUGAAACAAAAAUCAAGAGAGAAGUGUAUAAAAGAAGGAGCUUCCAAUACAAAUUUUUUUCACACCUCUAUCAAGAUAAGGCAAGCACAGAAUUAG